AAAAUUAAUAUGGGAAUAGAAAGCAAGGGAACCAAAUGGGUUUGGAAAUAAUAAGCGAGUAGAAGAAAGAAAACAUAGAGACAGAUUGAAACAAAUAGCAAAAAAAAAAACAGAAAAAAAAAGGGAAAGAACCUUUUCAAUGAAGAAACAAGGGUGUGAGAUUGAGGCAAUAGGCAUCAACUACAAGAUCCACACACAGACAACAAAGCAACCUUUUAAAAUCUUCAGCAAAUCUCCACAACUGAAUAGCCUAGAUGGUCUUCAGGAACCAGCAGAUGAAGCAAAAGCUAAACAAAGACCAUGCAAUGGAGUUAGGCAUGUCCUCAAGGAUGUGAACUGCUUAGCCAAGCCAUGGGAAAUUCUGGCAAUUGUUGGGCCAAGUGGAGCUGGAAAAUCAUCCCUGCUUGAGAUUCUUGCUGGUAAAGUUAAUCCACAAAGUGGGUCCAUCUUGGUGAACCAGAAUCCUGUAGAUAAAGCUCAGUUCAGGAAGGUUUCAGGGUAUGUUACACAAAAGGAUACCCUUUUUCCCUUACUUACAGUUGAAGAAACCAUGAUGUUUAGUGCAAAGCUAAGGUUAAAUCUUCCUCAAGAACAACUAUGCUCCAAGGUUAAGUCACUGAUUCAGGAGCUUGGCCUUAGCCAUGUUGCUAGGUCUCGAGUUGGAGAUGAAAGGGUACGAGGAAUAUCUGGUGGCGAAAGGCGCAGAGUUUCCAUUGGUGUUGAAGUCAUACAUGAUCCAAAUGUGCUGAUUCUGGAUGAACCAACUUCAGGACUUGACAGUACCUCAGCUCUUCAAAUAAUUGAUAUGCUUAAAGUCAUGGCUGAAUCUAGAGGAAGAACUAUAAUCCUAAGUGUACAUCAACCCGGGUUCAGAAUAGUGAAGUUGUUCAACUCAAUACUGUUGUUAGCCAAUGGCUAUGGGUUACACCAUGGCACUGUGGAUUUGCUGGGUGUGAAUCUAAGGUUAAUGGGUUUAGAACUUCCUCUUCAUGUUAAUGUAGUUGAGUUUGCCAUUGAAUCCAUUGAGACCAUUCAGCAACAACCGAAAUGUCAGCAAGUGCAUAUAGAAGUGCCACGACAAUUACCAUGGCCAAUGCAACAAAAGAAAGGUGAUGGUCAUCAAGGUGAGAGUAGAAGUGGUAAGUUUACUCUGCAACAGCUUUUUCAACAAUCCAAGGUAAUUGACAUAGAAAUCAUCAAUGCGGGAAUGGAUUUCACUUGUGAUUUUGCUAAUUCUAGAUUAAGAGAAACUAUGAUUCUCACUCAUAGGUUCUCCAAAAACAUCCUUCGUACAAAGGAGCUCUUUGCAUGUAGGACAAUUCAGAUGCUGAUUUCUGGGCUGGUUUUAGGCUCAGUCUUUUGUAAUCUCAAGGAUGGUCUAGAGGGAGCAGAAGAAAGGGUGGGUCUAUUUGCUUUUAUAUUAACGUUUUUGAUAUCAAGCACCGUUGAAGCUCUACCAAUUUUUCUGCAAGAGAGAGAGAUUCUAAUGAAGGAGACCUCUAGUGGAAGCUACAGAGUUUCAUCCUAUGCUAUUGCCAAUGGCCUAGUUUACUUGCCAUUUCUACUCAUACUAGCCAUUUUAUUCACAAUGCCUUUAUACUGGCUUAUUGGUCUCAACAGGAAUCUCACGGCAUUUUUGCACUUCUUGUUGCUAAUUUGGUUAAUUCUUUAUACAGCAAAUUCGGUUGUGGUAUGUUUCAGUGCUCUGGUGCCUAAUUUCAUUGUUGGGAAUUCAGUGAUAGCUGGUGUCAUCGGUUCAUCUUUCUUGUUCUCUGGCUACUUCAUAUCAAAUCAUGAAAUUCCGAAUUACUGGAUUUUCAUGCAUUAUAUAUCUAUAUUUAAGUAUCCCUUUGAAGGGUUCAUGAUAAAUGAGUUCUCCAACUCAAAGAAGUGCUUGGAGUACAUGUUUGGGGCAUGUGUGAUGAGGGGAGAGGAUGUGCUUAAACAACAAGGGUAUGGAGGGGAGAGUAGCAGAUGGAAGAAUGUUGGGGUGAUGGUAUGCUUCAUCUUCGUUUACAGGUUCAUUUCUUAUGUAAUUCUUAGGUACAGAUGCUCGAAAAAUGUCAUCCUCUGAAAACUAUGGUUACUCUCUCUCUCUCUCUCUCUCUCUCUCAAGGGGAUUCACAUGUCUUGGAUUUUUCUGCAGAUAGCAUAAAAGAAGAUAUAUAAUCAUAUCAACAAAAAAAUAUAUAUAUAAAUUUUUUGUCUGUGCCAACAAAUUGUACUAAAAUGAUAUUAUGUUGGUUUGUGUUUUCUAUGAUUACUUAAUUG